AUGCCCAGUCCGUUUGUCAGCUAUGUAGGUCAGAACCAGUCGGGUUGUCCGCAAUCCAGCCACCAUCAGUCCGGUUGUCCGCUUUCCAGCCAUCCCAUUCCGGUUGUUCUGCUAUCCAGCAACCACCAAUCCGUUUGUUCCGCAAUCCAGCCACCCCAGUCCGGUUGUCCGCUUUCCAGCCAUCCCAUUCCGGUUGUUCCGCUAUCCAGCAACCACCAAUCCGUUUGUUCCGCAAUCCAGCCACCCCAGUCCGGUUGUCCGCUUUCCAGCCACCCCAUUCCGGUUGUUCCGCUAUCCAGCAACCACCAAUCCGUUUGCUCCGCUAGCCAGCCACCCGAGUCCGGUUGUCCGCUAGCCAGCCACCCGAGUCCGUUUCUCCGCUAUCCAGCCACCCCAGUCCGUUUCUCCGCUAUCCAGUCACCCCAGUCCGUUUCUCCGCUUCCAAGCCAUUACCAGUCCGGUUGUCCGCUUUCCAGCCACCCCAGUCCGGUUGUCCGCUUUCCAGCCACCCCAGUCCGGUUGUCCGCUUUCCAGCCAUCCCAUUCCGGUUGUUCUGCUAUCCAGCAACCACCAAUCCGUUUGUUCCGCAAUCCAGCCACCCCAGUCCGGUUGUCCGCUUUCCAGCCAUCCCAUUCCGGUUGUUCCGCUAUCCAGCAACCACCAAUCCGUUUGUUCCGCAAUCCAGCCACCCCAGUCCGGUUGUCCGCUUUCCAGCCACCCCAGUUCGGUUGUCCCGCUAUCCAGCUACCACCAGUCCGGUUGUCUCGCUAUCCAGCCACCCAGUCAGAUUGUCCGCUGUCCAGCAACCAUCAGUCCGGUUGUCCGCUUUCCAGCCAUCCCAUACCGGUUGUUCUGCUAUCCAGCAACCACCAAUCCGUUUGUUCCGCAAUCCAGCCACCCCAGUCCGGUUGUCCGCUAUACAGCCACAACCAGUCCGGUUGGCCGUUAUACAGCCACAACCAGUCCGGUUGUCCCAAUAUCCCCCCCCUACAAGUCCGUUUCUCCGCUUCCAAGCCAUUACCAGUCCGGUUGUCCGCUUUCCAGCCACCCCAGUCCGGUUGUCCCAAUAUCCACCCACUACAAGUCCGUUUCUCCCCUUCCAAGCCAUUACCAGUCCGGUUGUCCGCUUUCCAGCCACCCCAGCCCGGUUGUCCGCUAUCCAGCCACCCCAGUCCGGUUGUCCGCUAUACAGCCACAACCAGUCCGGUUGGCCGCUAUACAGCCACAACCAGUCCGGUUGUCCCAAUAUCCACCCACUACAAGUCCGUUUCUCCGCUUCCAAGCCAUUACCAGUCCGGUUGUCCGCUUUCCAGCCACCCCAGUUCGGUUGUCCCGCUAUCCAGCUACCACCAGUCCGGUUGUCUCGCUAUCCAGCCACCCAGUCAGAUUGUCCGCUGUCCAGCAACCAUCAGUCCGGUUGUCCGCUUUCCAGCCAUCCCAUUCCGGUUGUUCCGCUAUCCAGCCACCACCAAUCCGUUUGUUCCGCAAUCCAGCAACCACCAAUCCGUUUGCUCCGCUAGCCAGCCACCCCAGUCCGUUUCUCCGCUUUCCAGCCACCCCAGUCCGGUUGUCCGCUUUCCAGCCACCCCAGUCCGGUUGUCCUGCUAUCCAGCUACCCCCAGUCCGUGUCUCCGCUUUCCAGCCACCCCAGUCCGGUUGUCCGCUAUCCAGCCACCCCAGUCCGGUUGUCCGCUAUCCAGCCACCCAGUCCGUUUCUCCGCUAUCCAGCCAUCACCAGUCCGGUUGUCCGCCUUCCAGCCACCCCAGUUCGGUUGUCCUGCUAUCCAGCUACCACCAGUCCGGUUGUCUCGCUAUCCAGCCACCCCAGUCCGGUUGUCCGCUGUCCAGCAACCCCAGUCCUGUUGUCCCGCUAUCCAUCCACCAUUAGUCUAG